GGAGAGCGUGGAAGCAUCCCAGCUCCAGUGCAGGAUACACCAGUUCAGCUACUACUGCAGACACACACAGGGACAGACAGACAGACAGGAGCAAGAUGAUGAUGCAUGCAGGCCUGGACGACCUAACUAAACAGAGGAUGCUGCAGGCUAAAGCUCUGUCCAAGGAGGUCCAGGGAGGAGGUCUGAACCUGGGGAAGAAGAUGAGCGUCCCGAGAGACGUGAUGAUGGAGGAGCUUAACCUUCCGUCUAAUCGAGGCUCUCGCAUGUUUCAGGAGAGGCAGAAGAGGGUGGAGAGGUUCACAUUGGAGAACACAGCUGGUGGUGCCUACAACACAGACAAUGUUUAUUCCGGGUCAGUUCCUCCCCAGCAGAUGAUCCUCGAGCCGCGGGAGGGAAAAGUGAACCAGGCUCCCCCCAUCAUCGGUAAGCAUAGCCUGGUCAUGAACCUUCAGAAGACCGUGGCAAAGAAGGGCAGUCCAGAAGUCCUCGCACCAGGAUAUUCUGGCCCCCUGAAGGAAAUUCCUAAAGAAAAGUUCAACACAACAGUAAUCCCCAAGUCCUACUUUUCCCCAUGGACAGAGGCUCUGAGAGGUAACGAAGAGCUCAUGAACACCCUCAAUUCCCAGCUGCCAGAGCUCCCACAAAAGAUACAGCCUGUCAACUACAGGUGCUUUAACAGAUCUGCCAGGCCAUUCGGGGGAGCCAUGUCCAGCAAAAGGGUGAUCCCAGUGAUCAACUUUGAGGCCGUGGAAUCCCCGAACCUGCCCAGUGUCAACCGCAUGUGUCCACGGCCCAACUUCAACAGAGCACCCAAGGGAUGGGGGCUUGAUUACAGCCCCGAGUCUAAUGAACUAUGAAAAGGAGAGAGGGGGGGAUAAGUCAAAGACUGAAGCACUGACCUAUGCUUGCAUUUCUCCUACAAAAGGUGAUCCGUCUGUUAAUCAGCAGACACUACAGGGGAGAAAAAGAACAAUCCUGCUUGAUAUAUGAAGUGGUUUGUUAUUGCUGAGUGUUAAGAACAGCUCCCAUUGCUGGAUCAAAUCAUUACCGCAGUGGAGUUCAUGAAAAUGCUGCCAGAGGAUGACAAGCUGUACCUAACCUUUGUGUGCAUACUUACUAAUAAUAUGUGCCACAAC